AUGUUGGUAACCUACGGUGCUACCAAAAUGGCACCAUCCACCAGACAAUGGCGCAUCCCCGUGGGCCUUCAGUUGCUUUUCGGUGGGCUGCUCGGAUUGGGAAUGCUAUUCACAAAGGAGUCCACGAGAUGGUUGGCAAAGGUCGGGCGCCAUGAUGAGGCGUUGAAAUCAUUGAUUUGGGUCAGAGGCGGCGAAUACGACCAGGAGAUCCAAGCGGAAAUGAACGAAAUCAACGCUGGCAUUGCGGAAGAAGACCGUUUGACCCAGGGGGUCACCUGGAAGGAGUACACUUUGCCAGCGAACAGAUGGCGCAUCAUCCUCGUCGUCACGCUACAAAUAGGCGUUCAGCUCACUGGAAACACGUCCUUGGCCUAUUUCGCACCGCAGUUUUUCGCCGCAGUCGGUGCCGGAAACAAUGCGGUGUUCAUGAGCGGCUUCUUUGGGCUGUGCAAGGUCGUUGCAUGUUUCUUCUUCCUGCUCUUCCUCGUGGAGCGUAUUGGACGUCGUUGGGCAUUGCUAAACGGCGCCUUCCUCAUGGCUAUCCUCAUGCUCAUCGUUGCUAUCAUCACGGCGACUGAACCACCGACCGGUAAAGCUGGCCUCACUAGAUCUGCAAGCGCUGCCAUUGGUAUGAUCUACAUCGAGGCGAUGGUAUACAACAUCUCUUGGGGUCCUGUACCAUGGCUCUAUAUGAGCGAGAUCUUUCCUACUCGCAUUCGCGAAGGAGCCAUCGCGACCGGCACAGCCACACAAUGGCUGUUCAACUUUGUCUUCAGUCAGAUCACUCCACACGCCAUCAAUAACCUCGGAUGGAAGACUUUCUUGAUGUUUGCUAUCUUCAACUGCUCGCUGAUCGCGUACACCUGGUUCUUCAUCAAAGAGACUAAGGGUCGGUCUCUCGAGGAGAUGGAACUGCUGUUCAAUCCGAGCGGAACCCAACUCAAUCUGGAGGAGGCGAGACAAAAGGCCUACGACGCAGAAGAAUCUGCCACGUCGCUUGAUCAUGGGAAGAGCGAGCUGAAGGUGUAA